CGACAACAUUUCCAGCGUCAAUGCUUUUCCUCCGUCACCAAAACCUCACUCACAACCAAACACAUCCUCAAAAUAGCCCGCUCUUGACGACAGAUCACCACGUUUCGCACACAAUGUCCAUUCCCAAAAACCUCGCAUCCAAAUACACACGCCUCCUCACCCUCUGGCCCACCGACCCACUCCGCCAAUUCACAUUCCGCACCGUCCUCCAAAAGCGCCUCACAAAGCACAACGAGUCUGCCUCGAGAACACAAGCAACAACAACAACAACACCACCCGCACCCGCACCCGCACCCGUCUCCCCACAACAGCAGGCCUCCGAAGUCGUCCAGAUCAAUGCGCUCUUCUCGCUAGUCGAGGACCGGUACGCGACAAAGUACAAGCUAUCCGAAAAGUACACGCGGCCGCGCGCGAAUCCGGAAUACUAUGCGCGGUUGAUGCGCGAGCUGGACGAGGCGCCGACGAGGUCGCGGUUCAGCAAUUGGGUGAGGAGCUGGAAGGGGUACUUGAGGUGGCAAUGAGUUUGCCAGUGUGCAGUGUGCAGUGUGCAGGAGCGGAGCGUGCUUUAAAAGAAUUAUAUUUGGAAGCAGCAAGUGAGUCAGUGGUAUGAGGAAGUUCAUACGAUACGGCUGACAGCAUUGUAACAAUAUCAUUGGGUAUAUUUACUGUACAUGAUUCCUGAAUUGUUGUGUACAUAUCUUUGAUUAAAGACUUCACUAUACGAUGGCUAAGCACACGACACAGAAAGUGACUUCAUGUAAGUAGUAUAUAGUUACACUGAUCAUUACUACGAUCAAGAAAGCUUGAGCCCCUCACAACACCCCCGUCCGUGGCUGCACGCAGCUCUAGCUAGAUAAAUGCGAAUGACGCCUAUACUACUUUUACACCAGUGCGCGCCUGUUCUAUAUAGUCGUAGGCAACCCUCAACAAAGAGCUACCAAUGCAAAUAUUCACGCGAACAAAAGAUCUC